AUGGCGAGGCCGGCACCUGCGGGGGAGAGGCGGGGAGGGGACGACGACGCGGCCACCCGUGCGGCCGCGGAGCGAAGACUCACUCGCGACCUGCUCGCGGAAUGGCGGCUCCCCGAAAGAGCGCUGCGCCUGCCCGCACGGGGUUUCCACCCGCGCCGGAAGAGGGGCGGGCGGCGCGGCGGGACUACGGCUCCCGGCGCGCCCCGCAGUCACCAGCAGCGCUGGGGCAUGCCGGGAGCUGUAGUCCCGGCCGAGGGGCGCCAUGGGAGUGUAUCACCUGAUGCUAUUUUAACAAUUUCAGCUCUUCUUCUAGGUUUUGAUCUGAGGCAGUUGUUGAACAAAGGAGGAAAGAGGUUUAGGCUUUGUGUGAGAAAGGUGCUAGGUUGCUAUGCCAAACCAUCGCGUGGGAGCAGAGGAACAUUCUGUCUUCUCUCCCACUCUUCUUUGAGAAGGACAGGAGAUUUCUGCAGUGUACGAACAUAUUAAUUGACAGAAACUGAGAAGGUGGGUUGCGCUGAGCAAGGACCAUCUGAGGAGUGUUACAUUAUAUACAGUAAUGCAUUUGACAAGAUAAUAGAGUACAUUACUGCAUACAAGAAUACCCUGACUUAAGUCAAACAGGAAUAUGAGGCAUUUAUUGCCAGAAUCAAGAAUGGCCAAAGGAGUGCAUAUUUUCUUCAUGGGAGAUUAACUCUGGAAUCUGAGUCCACAACUCUAUUGUACUAUAGGAAAAGAGCAAGGGAGCUUGAAGACAGUAAAAUAAAGGCUAUUCAGAAGAAUUCUGCAAAAAUUAAAAAUGUAAUAUCGGAAAUUCAUAAUGUAAGAAAGGUACUCUCUGAAACCUUUGGCAGCCCAGAGAAAACAGCACAUCCUCUUAAGCCCAUCCCAGGUAUGAGUUUAGAAGGAUCAAUCAGCUUGGAUUCUCUUUCUAAACAUCAGUUAGACAGACGGGUGCUGGAAUUGAAAAAAGAAAGGGGAAAAAAGUAUAUCCCUCGGCAAAAAAAGACUAAGUUAGAACAAGAACUCCUGCACUUACUGAUUUUCUUUUUUCUCUUACGGAUUGAGGUUCCAUACAUUGAUCAAUUAUUAAUUUUCGGUGACUUACUUCCAAGUGGUCAGCAUGAUGCUGCAGCAACUUACGCAGUAAACUCUCCUAGGGGAAUUCUUUGUAAGGAAGAAGCUCUGAAGAUAGUGAAAGAUACUUUUCUGGGUGCCCAGCCAAUGACUUUUGUUUUCGUCCCCAUAGCUGUUAGCUGCCUUAAAGGAAGAAAUAUCCCUUUGCUGAAGUAUUUUGACACUCUGAUAAACUCAAGUACUGCAGCUGGACACCCUCCAAAUUCAGCCAUAACUCUGGAAGCAAUCAAAUGUGCAUUGUCUGAAAAGCAAUGAAAUCUAUUAACACACUGGGUUAAACAGCAAAGGUAUUUAACCUUUUCUGAGGCAGUAGGAGAUAUUAUUUAUGACUAUGGGAAAGUGGAACCAAGCGACAAGUCAAAAUGCCUGGCUUUGGCUGAGGUCGCAUAUGGUCAGUCUGGGGCACACAGAAAAGUUGCUCUGUGCCUAUGUGAACAGCACCAAAUUUCUGGAGCAAUGGAUUAUAUUCAGCAACUGGAGCAUUUUUCUUCAGCUUUUCCACAGUGUUCAGCAAAAUCGGUCAAGAUCAUUGUGGGUUUUUAUGGUGAGGAAAGGGAGAGUCUUAGGAUUUAUAAUCCAUCUGGAAAAACCGUGAAUGAUUUGUGCAGUAUGCCUAUUAUGGAUAGUACAAAGCUCAUUAGGGCAAAUGCAGGAUCUUUAAAUGCGGUUGGUUUUUUCUUAGAUGCAUUUGAACACAUUAUUAUAAAUUAUACCGUCUGUACUUUGGAAGACUGGAAUAAGAUAGCAGUUGCUUGUGCAGAAAAUAAGCAUGAAAAGUUAUCUCAGAAAAUCGUGUUGAUUCUCACCUCACAGGAUGGAGUGUUUGAAAAUUCGCCACUUGAUGAAAAAGAUGGAAGGUUAAUGGAACAUAUUUUCUGGUAGUUUUUCUGUGUAACAACAGAGGGAGCUCUUACAGCAGUCAAGCGAAGAAUCCUUUUCACUCUGUAUGAACCGUAGUAAACACUAAGCAUGCAGAAACAGUGCUGAGAAUAAUUUUACCAUUGAAGCCUGAGCCUGAUGGAAAACUACCAGACAAGACUCUUAACAAGCAGCAGCAAUGAACUAUGUAAACAUUUUCUUGUGAGACAGGUAUGUAAGCACAUGGUAAUCUUUUAAUGGAGCUUAUCUUCGAGAAUGGCAUGCAAAGCCACUAUGAGAUAAAGAGGCACAGGAUGCCUCAAGACUACACAGGUGUCCCUGAAACCCAUCCAAGGAUUAUGAUGCGCAUGUGGAGAUGGGUGGUUACUUAUAUUAAUGAGUUCUUGGAAAAGUCAUGAACAAGCUAAUUAUUUUGUGAAUAUGUAUGUAUAACUUGCAUAUAAAUUGUGUAACUGACUUGACGCGGCGUGCAUAUUAGGAGGAGCGAUCCCCUGUGCGCCCAGCACUGCAAUAAAGAAUACCUACUUAAUAGCCAUCCUGACUAUUGAGUCCUGAUUUUGGCUUUUCACGGCAACACCAUCAAAUAUCAGUUAUUUGUCCCUUUUAAUAUGUCCCUGUGAGAAUGUGUGCAUGUUUGUAUUUUGUUUAACUGAAAAUGUAUUCUCAGUGUAGAAGAUAGAUAGUUGGUGUGUGGUACCCUGGAAUGGUACAGUGUGGUAAUGGUAUGCAUAUACUUCCCAUCCUGUUCUCAGCUUCAGUACAUCAUGCCUGUCCUUUAGUAUAGUGCUGGAGGCAGAUACUGCACAGGGUUUAGAAUCAGCAUGGGUAGGGGAAGCUGCUCUGAGCGGAUCAUCAUUCUGAGGGAGCUGGACAAAGGGCAUUGUGCAGUGUAGAUGUACCCUGAUGCCUUGGUCUUUUGGUUUUGUUUUGGUUUUUUUGUUCCAGGCCAUCGCUGGAGUCAUAGUACAAGUUAGAUUAUCAUGGUAAUCUAACAAAUCCUGCCAAAAUACAACAAAUGUCUGCUUAGAACAAAUUUAGGCUUCAGUUACAUGCAUCCACCUGCUCUUUGGAUUGCUGUGGGAAUUGUGUGUUUUGAGGACCAUAUUACACUGUAAGAGCUAGUACAGGAACUUAGCUUACACUGAUUAUCAAGAGAUGGGUAAUUCAGUCUUAGGGAAAGGAAGAUGUCCAACUGCAGUCAUACAUCAGCAGAUUCACUAGGUGCAUGUUGGCAGAGCCUCUUCUUAGCUCUCAGCCCACAACCAGUAAAAACAUGAAGAAUACUGAAUGUUAUUUACUGUUGUCACUGUGCUACCUGUUCCGAAAUAACAGAUAUCUCUAUAAUUAAGCUAGAUAUAACUACUGAUGGUUUGUUUCAAUUUUAAGACAUUUUGGCACUUUUUAAAGGCUGCUGGGCCAUAUUGAUUGUUCGGAUAAAUCUGCAGAGUUAGGAUUCAGAAGAGAACUUUCUUUAAAAGAGAAGAAUUGCAAGUCUACAGAUAUUCUAAGUAUUGUGUGGAUGAGCAACAGGGAAAGGUAUGCA